AUGGCCUACCCCGAGCUUUUGAAUGAUCAAAUCCCCAGCAAAUUUAGAGGCACUGCCUCGAACACCUCCACUGGCGGCGAUACAGGCCAUCAGCCUUCUCGCUCCCGUGGUCCGGCUCGGACAAGAACUGCAUCUGCAGAUGCAGCGUUGCCAUCGUUUUCCAGCACGGAACGAUUUGUGGGUGACCUGAACCCGGAAGCUGUCAUUCGAGAGAGGCUAGAUGAGCCGACUGGCAAUUCUCUUCGAGGCCGCAUUGGUCUUUGGAUCAGCUCGCCAACGACAGAGAAUGCCAGCGGUGCGCGAAAAAAGCGCCUGGCUUCUGGCACGGAGCCUCUACCUAGUGGGCCACCUCAAUCAGCCCUUGAUGGCCAGAUAAUUGCAUCGGUCUUACAUCAACGCUACGCAUCUGCAAUGCAAGCAUGUGGCCCGCUUCCGGCCACGACUCGGGAGCCACUAACGGCCAUCUAUCUGUCAAAGGUCAAUCACAUCGUUCCUCUUCUUGAAAGUGAUGUCUUUUUACGUGACCAAGUGGAAGGCUUGACCUCGGUGUUUCUUGAGAGGGCCGUCUGCCUGGUCGCAGCCAAAGAUCCCGCUGCUGCUCCUCACCUGCGUCUGACGGAGAAUGGGUCGGUGCAGACCUCGCGUCAAUUCUGUAGUGAAAUAUACAAAGGACUCGUCGCUGCCAUGGAUGCAGAGCUAGAGACCGACCGCUUGACUCGCAUUCGUAUACUAGCAUUGAUGUCUCUACACUGUGAAGGAUAUGAAGGAGCCGAGGCUGCAUCCCUUCAACUCUGCCAGGCCAUCCACCUGGCCCAAACAGUAGGUUUGCACCUUGACCGGCCGGAUCGAGUAUCUGCAGACCCCCUUGCGAACUUGUUCUGGUGUAUGUGGACACUGGACAAGAUGCAUGCAAGCAUAGGCGGGCGUCCGGUGCUCCUGGCCGACCGGGACAUUGGGGUUGCAAAACCCAAUAUCCAGACCCACAGCCGCGGGGCAUUUGGGGUGUGGCUGGCCAUCUCCGAUCUUCUUGCAACAGUCAUUUCCUUUUACCGGCCCUCUGCGGGUGUCACCAGCGGAUGGGAGGAAGGGUUCCCUGCCUUUGAAGACAUCGUGGGAGAAAACGCCCAGGGAGAUCUAGACUAUGCGACCCUGGGUAUGUUUGUCCUCGGCUUUUAUCAAACAUCAGUGCCGUGGAAGCUAACUGCCGAUGUAGGACUCCUGGAGCUAUAUUAUCACUGCGUGGCAAUUUUGUCCUGUCGAUAUAAACUGACCGAGGGCCUCGAUGGCAGCAAAGUCUCGUCCAUCCGGCAGGGUCUCGCGGCUAUUCGCAUCUAUUCCAUCGUCGCGUCAGAAUAUGCAGGCAACCUACCGCCCCUUCCAAUUGUACCCUACGCGAUUACACUAUCCAUGGGUGUUUCCUACCGACAACUCCGGUCCAGCAAGCUGGUCACCCAUUUUGACCGGGCCAAGGCUAGUCUGGAAGCAUGCUGUUCGCUGCUAGAAGACCUCAGUCCACAAUGGUAUUCUGCCGAGGCAAUGGCUCGCCUGGGACAAAAAGCAUUGCAUCAGAUUGAUUACGAGCAUCAACGCCACCCUGCAUCAGAGCUCUCGAUCUCGCAACCUACUACCGGAAUGGCUCCGACCGGUUCGGUGGCCACUGAACUCCCAAAUGUAUAUGAAGGCCCGGCCCAGGGAGGAAACGAGGUCGACUCAGCCAUGGCAUCCAUGAGAUCCGCCCCUGAAUUGCCGAUGGGGAGUCCCCUGGCAGCGACGAGCGAGCUAGAUACCUCGAUGCACGGAUUUGCAGAUUUCGACACGCUAUUCGGAGAGUUCCUGGACCUGUCGUUACCGACGAACUUCUGGGAUCCCAUUUUUGCGGAGGAAGAGCAGACUCAACACGGAAAUCAGUGA